AUGGAUUCUAAUUAUGCACUCAAUUCCCGAAUCCCAGUACAACUUGCGAAUUUAACUUCACUUUCGAAUCUCUACUUGUCUCGUUGUGGAUUACAAGGUUCUGUACCUUAUCUUCCUCAGCUGAAAGUGCUCGAUGUUAGUGAUAAUCCUAGUCUUAAUCCUGAUCUAACUAGGAUGUUUCAACAUCAGUGGCCUAAGCUUCAAAAACUCAGAAUAUCAUAUACUAAUAUAAGCGGAUCAAUUUCAAAUGCACCGAUGUUGGUCAGUCUUUAUGCUGCUGGUUGUUCAAUUCAAGGAUCUUUGCCUUCUUGGAUCUACAAUCUAAAGCUCCUAACCAAUCUCGACUUGUCUCGCAAUAAUUUCCAAGGAUCCAUACCAAAAUCAAUAUCCAAACUAAAAUUCCUAACCAUUCUGAGGUUGUAUCGCAAUAAUUUCCAAGGAUCCAUACCAAAAUCAAUGUCCAAUCUAAAGCUCCUAACCAAUCUCGACUUGUCUGGCAAUAAUUUCCAAGGAUCCAUACCAAAAUCAAUGUCCAAACUAAAUUUCCUAACCAUUCUGAGGUUGUCUGGCAAUAAUUUCCAAGGAUCCAUAACAAGUUCAAUAUGUGAGCUUAUUUCUCUUCGAACACUAUAUUUAGACAGUAAUAAUAUAACAGGAACCAUACCGAGUUGUAUAUCGAAUCUUCAUAACCUUAGUGUUUUUGAUGUCUCUAAUAACUCAAUUGAGGGAAGCGUUUCAUUGAAAUCUCUGAUUAACAAUCUAAACCUAACAUACAUAGAUCUGAGCUCAAAUAGGCUCACGGUAGAUAUAGAUCAAAAUAUCAAUUUGUAUUCAAAAUUCAAACUAAAGUAUCUUCUUUUUAAAUCUUGCAAUCUAAAAGGAUCCUUCCCUACUUUCAUCUGUAAAUUGACUCAUCUUAGGUCUUUGGACUUGUCUCAUAAUAACCUGACAGGAGUUAUUCCUUCUUGUAUCUCAAAACUCAAAAAUCUCGAUUCAUUUGAUGUAUCAAAUAAUACACUCAGUGGUAAAAUCUCAAUAGAAGUUGGAAAAAGACUAUCCUCUUUUGAUUCCAUUAAUCUAGCUGGGAAUCAACUUUCGGGUUCAAUUCCCUCUUCUAUAUGUUCAAAAAGUUCACUAUCUUCUCCUCGAAUAAUCGACCUCUCAAACAACAGAUUCUCAGGGGUUAUACCAAAUACCUUAGGGUAUUGUAAGGAUCUUCAAUUACUAAACCUUGGGAGCAAUAAUCUCACAGGAAAUGUUCCAAAUGAGAUUGAAAUAUUAGAAUCAUUGGGUUAUCUUCAACUGCAGGACAACUAUCUCGAUGGUACUCUUCUCAACUUCAUCAGUAAACUCCCUUCGUUGAGAGUUCUUAACUUGGCGAAUAACCAAUUCGAAGGAAGUAUACCCACGACACUAUUUGGUGCACAAUACUCUCUCUUAAGUAUCAUUUCUUUAAGGUCAAACAAGUUCAAUGGAUCAAUCCCUGCUGAAAUUAAUAAUUUGAAUCAACUGCAAAUUUUGGAUUUAUCGCACAACAAUUUUUCCGGCCAUAUUCCUAAGCAAUUAGGAGGCUACUGGAUGAAUUUUACAGGCGUAUUUGAAUCUCUUACGGAGGUGUAUGACAUUCAAUUGCAGAUGGUGAUCAAUGGGAUCAUGUUGCAAUUUGAAAAGAUAUACACUUAUACCACGGGAUUGGAUCUAUCUUGGAACAUGCUUGAUGGUAACAUUCCAACAGAGAUAGGUCGGUUAAGCGAACUUGCAAGGCUCACUUUGUCCCACAAUCAUUUUUCGGGUAACAUACCUGCGAGUAUUGGAGAUAUGUCUAAGUUAGCUUCCCUGGACUUAAGUUUCAAUAGAUUAUCUGGGCAAAUCCCAAAAUCGUUAACAUCACUGGACUCUCUUGGGGUUCUUAACCUAUCUUACAAUGAGUUGAGUGGUGAAAUUCCAAAAGGGAUUCACUUUAGCACGUUGGGUGGUGAUGGCUGGGCUUUUGUUGGGAAUGCAUUAAUGUGUGUAGAACCUACAAAGAAUGUUUGUGAAGUGGAAGAAGACGAUAAGAAAGACGAUCAAGAAGAUAAUCACGAAAAUUACCAAGAAGAUACAAAUGAGAAAUUGAUAUUAUAUAGUAUUAUUUCUUUAGGGUUUAUAUUGGGAUUUUGGGGUCUAUUCUUUGUGAUGCUUAUUAAAAAGGAGAAAUUGUGGUUUCCAUACUGGAGAUUUAUCGAUUCUACUGUAGAUGUGAUCAUAAGAUGUAUUUAA